UCAUCAUGGAUAUCAUCUGUUCCGUGUUAACAACAACUAAAACUUAAAAGUGGACUGAUGUGGAGUUGUAUUUGUUAGUGUUUUCACAUAAAAAUGUAUUAAAUAAAAUCGUGUUUGAAUUGUGAGUUUCUAAAAUUUAUCUUGUGCAGUAUUAUAUUUGAUAAAAACAAAAUAGUUUUGCUCUUUCAAUUUUCAAGGUGUGAGUUAGUUUUGUAAGUGGACUAGGAUAUAGGAACUCUUUUUAAGUUACAAUAAUCUGUGCAAUAUAUUUUGUUUUGAAACGUUCACGCAGUUUAUCCGUCAAUUUAAAGAACUAAUUUAAAGAACUAGAAGACAUGGCUAGCAUAAAUUUGAAUAGAAUAUUAUCCAUCACACCUGAGUCAAUGUCUGAACAGGAGAAAGAAGAACUUUAUUUUGAUGUUGUAAAUUUUGAAACAAGUCAAAAUGUUUCAAAUGAACAAUUAAAACUUAUGUUCCGUGUGGUUCAGGAGAUUUUGAAAUUUAAAGGAGAACAGGUUGACUCACUUGUAAGUGAAAUAGAAAAUCUGGCUGCUCGACAAGGAGAAGAGGAGGCACGUCGCCACCAGUCUCUUCUAGACGAAAUUCAGUUACUGCAAGGACAGCUAUCGCAAACACGGAAAUUUGACACUUUUUCAGGAAGUAAUCUGGAUGAAAUUCACCAAGAGUUAGUAAAAGCAGAACUGAAAAUUGAGCAACUAAUGACAGAACUACAGACAGCAGAGAGGGAAUUGUUGAAUGAAAAGAGAGAAGUUGAAAAGUUUGCGAAUCAAGUAGUGGUCCUGGAGCGAGAGAAGGGGGAGUUGCGGGGAGAAUUGGCAGCCCUGCAGAGGGAGAGUAUAGAGCAGCAGGAGACUAGGCUACAAGCUGAGUCUCCCCGUACCGCAUCUCUCAAACAACGCAACCUUGUCGAUACAGUGCGACACAAGAACAAACAUAUCACUCAGCUUCUGAUGGACAUUGAGACUAUGGAGAAAGAAAAUAAUGCGCUGAAACUGAAAGUUGUUGGUCUUCAAAAUGAAGUUGCCGAGAAAAUUGAACAAGCUGCUCUCCUAUCAGAAGAAAAUAAUAACUUAAAACAAGCUGUGGCAGACUUCCAAGAGCGUACUGUAGUUCUGGAAGAGCAGAACGAUGCUCUAAAGACGCAACUGAUGGAAAUGGCAGCCGACAAGCAAAGACGGGACGAACAGCUGGAUCAGCUCGGGGUGGCUCUGGACUCCCGUCUUUCACAGUGGCAGGAACUACUAGUGCAAAAAGACACAGAGCUAAUAGAGUUAAAACAGAAGCUGUCUCAGAUGACUGCCCAGUUUCCUAACACCUACAUGGACAGCACAAGGAAUCAUCUAGCAAACAUGGCACAGAGUCUAGAAAACAGAGAAGAACAAAUUGAAGAAUUGCAACAGCAGCUUGCUCAAGCAAAUGCUAGUCUUGCUGAAAGUAAAGAGAUAAUCACUCAACUGAGAGCACAACUUAAAUCAAAACCAAGCAAACAAGGGGAGUCUCCAAGACGGAAGAAGAUGGAAAAGGAGCUGUCUGAAGCCCAGAGCAGGCUGAAGUUACUAGAGGCCAGAGUAGCAGACGCAGAGAACGAUGCUGAAGUGAAAGCAGAAGAGAUGACAGAAAUGGUAAUUCAGCUGAGAGAAUAUGAAACUGGAGUGUUUGGCUUGCCCGAAGCAAUGGAACAAAUCAAAGAACUCCAAAAACAGAAGAAGAUCAGAGAUAGGCACAUUGAGCAGUUGAUUCAGGCUGGGAAUCAACUGCAGGCAGAUGCCAAUUUACUUGAAGAGGAAAAUCUUGCUCUGAGAGAAAAGUUAGGGUUAGACGUGGAUGCAGUUGUCAGAGUGGAUGGAGUGUUGGCCAAGUACAAGGCUGAUCAGACAAAGCUUAGUGAGAUAACUCAGCAGCUGGAGUCAGCAAACAACACUCAACUUACACUUAAAGUACAGAAUAGAAUCUUUAAAAAGACUAUUAGCCGGUUGAAAAGUCAAUUGAAGAAUGUUGGGUAUGAGCCCGAGGUGAUCAGCUCCGAGGAGGACUCUUCUCGCCAACCCCCAGUUGUUGUGCAAGGUAUUAGUGAAGAAACCAAAGAAAUGUUGAUCAGAGAAGCAGAACUACUGGAGAAUAAACUCAAGGAUGUCGUAGAUGAGAAUGAAGCUCUUAGAAAAGGCAUGCAUGAAAUCCUUGACAGUGUUCGUAGCCAUGAUGGAGCAAGUACAGUGCAAAUAGAAUCUGCUUGUCUGGAACGGUUACUGGAGGCUCUGGACUCCAGACACUUGAGCGGAUGGUAUCACCCUGCCAUGAGACUUCAAGCCCAGUUAAACAUGGUAGAAGGAAAUAACGCUGCUCUUAGAGAGCAACUUAGAAAUUCCAGGGAUCCAAUACACUCAGUGGCAAUCCACUCAGAUGACAUUUUUGGAUAUGAUGUAUCCGAGAGACUGUUGUACCGAGUGGAUCCAAUAAACUCAGUGGCAAUCCACUCAGAUGACAUUUUUGGAUAUCGUGUAUCCGAGAGACUGUUGUACCGAGUGGAUCCAAUAAACUCAGUGGCAAUCCACUCAGAUGACAUUUUUGGAUAUCGUGUAUCCGAGAGACUGUUGUACCGAGUGGAUCCAAUAAACUCAGUGGCAAUCCACUCAGAUGACAUUUUUGGAUAUCGUGUAUCCGAGAGACUGUUGUACCGAGUGGAUCCAAUAAACUCAGUGGCAAUCCACUCAGAUGACAUUUUUGGAUAUCGUGUAUCCGAGAGACUGUUGUACCGAGUGGAUCCAAUAAACUCAGUGGCAAUCCACUCAGAUGACAUUUUUUGGAUAUCGUGUAUCCGAGAUGCUGUUGAUCCUGAAAAGGAAAACGGUUACCACACAAAACUAGAGCAAGAUUUAUCCAACCUCGUGAAGAAGCUGAGUGAAACAGAGUUGUCAAUGGCUGAGCAGAAGGAGAUAUAUGAAAGUGAUAAGGAAAGUUGGCAGAAUGUGAGGGCAGGUCUGCAGAAUGAGGUUGAUACUCUCACAGAGAAAGUAGCUGUCCUGUCUGCAGAAGUUAAAGAAUACUCAGAAAAUUGGAAGACACUAGAAGAAGAUCCAGAUACUAUGAAAAGUUCACUAGCAAAUGCUACGAUUAGGUUGGCUGCUGUGUGUGCAGAAAAUGAAAAGUUGAAAAGAAAAUGCUCAGUUCUACAAGAGUUGGAUGUGCAAGCGAGAAAUAACAGAGACAUGCUUCAAGAAGAGCUGGCAGCAGUUCAACAAACUUCAGUUCACAAAAUAGAAAAAUUGAAACAAGAAAAGAAAUUUAGUCAAUACCAAGAGAGUUUUGAUAAAAUAAUUACUAAAUCUGAAGACACAAAUCAGAUAUCUGAUAAACAGAAGUCUUUGAUUUCUAAUAAACAAACUGAAGAGAUUAGUAAAGACAUGAAGAGUCAUUCGGAAAAAAUGUACAAACUUGUGAAAGAUCAGCUGAAGGAGUCCGAAGACCACUGUAAGGACUUAGAGAAACAGUUGGCAGCACUGGUCCAGCAGAAUCUGACCUCACAGUUGGCAGAGGCAGAGCUUCGAGACCAGCUCGUGGACAGUGUGCCUCACUCUCGCUUUCUCGAUGUCAAGACGCAGCUGACAAACAGUGAAAAACUUAUUGCAGAGCUGAAGGCAGAAAGCAUCAGACUGCAAGAGAGUGUGGUUCAAGCUGAGAGUCGCGUGAAAGAUCUGGAACAGUUGAGACACUGUCACGGCUACCAACACGAUGCUCUGCAGCGCCAAGUGUUGGAACUGACUGCAUCAAGCGAAGACAAGCUCACCAUCGGUCGCCUGACAAGAGAGCUGUUGAGGGCCCAGGAAAGUGAGCUGGCCUCUGCUGAUCAAGUGAAAGAGCUGAAGGACAAAAUAGAAAAAUUGGAAAAUUUAUGUUCACAACAAGAAACCAAGAUGAAAACUCUUCAAGAUCACCAUUGUUCUGAGAAAACUGAUAUGAAAAAUAAGUACAGGUGGUUGUCAAGAACUGUCAGUGAGCUGCACCAGCGCUAUCUGGGUCACAUGUCGCUGCUGUCAGAAGAGAGUCUCCAGGCUCUACUGGCUCAGGCAAAUUUUGAAAAAACAAACGCCUUGCAGUUGGCCAUGACCUCGCAUAGUACUGACAAGCUUAUGGAAAUGCUGAAAGAUAAAAUCAAUGGUGUAGAGGGAAAUACAGCUCUCAAAUUACAGGAACUGAAACUAAAAGUCAGUGUGCAAACUUUGGAGUCACAACUGCACCAAACUGAAGGACAGUUGCAGAGGAUAGAAAAAGUGAAUUCUAUUCUACAAGAAGAGUUAUUAAACCAAGAAAAAAUUUGGGAAAAGAAGCAACUAAUAUGGGAACAGAAAUUGCUGGAAAUUACAGCAGAUUCUGAAAAUACAGAUGAGAAGGUCCCACUGAUUGAUAAUGAAUUUCAAGAUCAGAAUAAAAACGCAGCCCAAAAUGUUACUGAGGAGAAAGUUGAAUCAUUGUCAAAAAAUACUAACAAGAAAGAAGAAAAAGAAACAAUGACUUCACCGAAAACGAAGGACUUUCCUGAAUCGCCAUUUAUAAUUGAAUCGGAAAAUUUAAAAAUCUUAAACAACCAACUGAAUCAGGUAACAAUGGUUAUGAAUGAACAGACCAAGAAAUUGAACUUGUGUGAAACGGAAAUGACGGAGCUUCGGAGUAGAGUGGAGGCUUUGAGGAAACAGUUGGACGAAAAAGAAAGAAAACUGGAAGACAAAGAAAGAGAAUUACUAGAGCUACACACUUCGAUUGCUGAUAAAGACCAAAUUAAACUUGAAGAAGAAUCCACUGAAAUUCUUGCCUUAAAGGCAACUGUUGCCAGCCUGCAGAACAUUGUGAACCAGAAGGAGGAGACCAUAGGCCGAUACCAGAAUCUGCUCCAAGAGUGCAGGGACGAGCACAGUGCUACGGUUGCCAACCUCCAGAAGGAGCUGAGCAAUCUCCAGUUGACCCUGGACAAAAAGGAAAUUUCUUUUGCUAAAGAGAAGAGCAAGGACAAUGAGGGAGACAGGAGCUCAGCAAUGAAGGUUAUUCUAGAGCGGUACCUGGCUAGAGUACGGCAGCUGGAGGAUGACCUGGCACAGUGCCGGGACCAAGCCGCACGACUGGCACUGGAACUGAGCAACAGUCAGCAGCAGACCGAGCGCUGGACUCACACGGCCGAGGAGCGGCUCAAGACCAUUCAGGAGAUGAAGCAGAGAUUGGACAGCGCCAGGAGUAAAGAAUAUUUAACUGAUUCCAAUUCAGACCUGAUGGAAAAAUCUACGGAAAUUGGCGAGCUGAACAAAAUUAUAUCUAAUCUCAAGUCUAAACUCGAUUCUAAGGAGUCGGUGUCUGCUACUAGGGAUCGCUUGAGAGGAGAGCUGGACCGAGCAAACAAGAAAUUGGAAGUUGUUCAGAAUCAAAAUACGGAGCUCAAAACUGAAGUUCAGAGAUUAAGGAAGCAACUCACUCUCAGACAGAGUAGUACUCCUAAGUCUGAAACAGUGAGUACAGCUCGAGAAGAGGUUUUGCAGAAGAAGAUUAAACAAUUAGAGGAACAACUAACCGAAUAUCAAGAAAUCAUACAAAGGGGAAAGGAGAUUCAUAAGUCAAAGUGUGAUGAAGAAUUUGGAAAAUGGGAAGAAAGAAAGCGAUGGCAAGCCAGCAACGAGAAACUAAAGACACACUUAAAAGAAAAGAGUAGUCAAGUUGAAGCGUUAAGGGCCAACGUUGAGAGAUUAAAAGAAACGAUAAUUCGUUUAGAGAAAGAAAAAAUUACCCUUGAAGGAAAAUUGAAAUCAACAAAAGCUCCCAACAUAUCCCAAAGUCUAAUUGACGAGCUUGAAAGAGACAGAGCAAAACUUCAAGAAGAACUCAAAGCUGUUAGAAUAACAAAACAGAUAAAGUCCUCCCCGGGUUCAUCAUUGGCAGAUGUAGUCGAGGCUCAAGAAAGAAAGAUAGCUACUUUAAAAAUUGCACAAAAGGGUGAAUCUGCAUUAGCUGAAGAAGUAGAACGGCUUUUAGAGAGAAAAAGCCGAUUGCAACAAACAAAUCUGAGAUUAGAAGCUCAAAAUUUGGAACUAAAAAUGCAACUUGAAAAGCAUCGCUUGACCGACUUAACACCACGUGAUCCACAAGAUUUGAACUCGGAAACUGAAAGUGUUGGAGGCUCUCCGAAAGGGCGAAAUAAAACCAGUAAGCAGCGCGGGGACUUGGAACGAGCAGUUGUUGUAUUGAAACGGGUCGUAGAAAAAUUACAAGCAGAGAACAAGAAACUGCACGCUGCAAGGCUGAGUGAUGUCCAUGACAAGGGUUAUGUUGAGAAACUGCAAAUAGAGUUGCAGAGAUGCCAGGAGAACUAUUUAGAUUCUGUGGAUAAGUGCUCAAUUCUGGAGGAGGAGCUACAACAAUGCAAGGAGAAACUGAAGCUCUUCGAGCACGAUGAUUUAGCGGAGGAACUUAUUUUAACAAAAUCUCAACUUGCUCAAAAGUGUCAACUACUCAGCAAGGUCAAAGUACUUCUGGAAAAUGCAGUCAUUCGUGAGAAAGCCCUCAAAGAGCAGGUGUAUGACCUGGAGAAACUGGUACCUCCUGAGCGUCUCCGAGGAACGUAUCAUGAGAGAAAAACAUAACAGGUGACUGGUCACCCAAAUUGCCUUUCCAGUUUGAUCUCCCAGUGUUGGAUUCCAAUUCUGUGUUUAUUCUAUAGUAUUAGUCAUUAUUUUGUUAGUUUUUAAUUUUUUACAAUGUAUUGUUAUUUUUUACUAUCGUUAUUUUUUACUCUAUUUUUAAUAAAAUGUAUUUAUGUACUUA